AGGGAGAGGAACACAUUUUCAUCCAAAGCUCCGUUUUUUUUUCAGAGCCUAUCUGUGUUGUGCUCUCUCCGCAGCUCCUAUUGUUUAAACUGGCAGGGGAAAAAAUAACACUCCGCGUUUUCUUCUUCUGAAAUCGCAGCCUGAGAGUCUUUUUUUUUUUAAAUUUUUUGUUGUGAUCUGAUGCACGAUUCUCGCCGCUCUGAAUGCCGUAUUCAUUGUCAACUUCUCCGAUUUCCCCACUCAGACUUGAGCUGCAUCAUGAAUAGUUUGGGGGCACCUUUCAAUCGCAUACCUCUGGAAUGGCGGGGAUUACACAGCCGAGACCCGGAGAGCAUGUAAACGCAAAUGGAGUUUGGGAUUUAUUACAAAAUAUGGGAAAGAUGACCGUCUUCUCGCUGUGCUUGCUCUUGUGCGCGGAUCUACUGGAUUUAGCCGUGGGAUAUUUGACAGUAACCAUAGAGCCCCUGCCUCCGGUUGUCGUGGGUGAGACUGUAACUCUCAAGUGUAACUUCAAAACUGACGGGAGGCUUCGAGAGAUUGUUUGGUACAGGGUCACAGAUGGAGGAACCAUCAAGCAGAAAAUCUUCACCUACGAUGCUAUGUUUAAUACCAAUUACUCUCACAUGGAGGACUACCGCAGGCGUGAGGACCUGGUGUACCAAUCAACCGUCCGGCUCCCAGAGGUACGGAUCUCAGACAACGGGCCUUACGAAUGCCACGUUGGCAUCUACGACCGGGCAACGAGGGAGAAGGUUGUCCUUGCUUCAGGGAAUGUUUUUCUUACUGUUAUGUCACCUCCAAACAACAUAUCGGUGGUGGCAGAGAACACUCCAGCUCCAUUCAGUCGAUACCAGGCCCAGAAUUUCACUCUCGUCUGCACUGCAAAAGGAGGGAAACCAGCCCCAUCGGUGUACUUUAAGCGUGAUGGUGAGCUGAUCGAGGUCAUCUCCUACACUCAGGCCUCUACCCCUGAGCAGGGAGGGGGUUCAGCCGGGGUGAGAGGAGCCAGGCCGCUCAUCAGCAGGGACCUGGACGACACUAAACUGCAGCGCUCCCUCUCCCUCCUGGACCCUGAGGGGCGGUCAGCUCGUCUGAACACAGAGAGCCCAAAGCGAGAGAGCCCACAGCGUAUCCACACUCAGGGCCAGCAGGCCCACGAACCCAGUCCGGCAACGGAGGUCAUCCCAGAGACUGUGGUGAGCCGAGAGUUCCCCCGCUGGGUGCGCAACACGGACCCGCUCUACUACUUUAGCCACACUAACAUCCCUCAGAGCGACGGCUCUGUGGUGGUGCAGGCCCGACUCACCUGGACCCUCAACCCUCAGCUGGAUAAUGACGCCCUGUUCAGCUGUGAAGUCAAGCACCCAGCACUGUCCAUGCCCAUGCAGACAGAGGUCACCCUGUCUGCUCCAAAGGGUCCUAAACUCUUAAUGACCCCCACAAGGGCAAAGGUGGGGGACACAGUGCGCAUCACUGUGCAAGGAUUCCAGGUAGGAUCGUCUGGGAAUGAGGUGUUCCCCGAGCCCCUCUUCACCUGGACACGGGUAGGGGGCCGCCUCCUGGACGGCAGCGCCGAGCGAGAGGGGAAGGAGCUGAUUCUGGAGCGGGUGCCAGCUGAGCUCAACGGCUCCAUGUACCGCUGCACGGCCCAAAAUCCUCUGGGCUCGACUGAUACGCACACUCGCCUCAUAGUCUUUGAGAAUCCAAGCAUGAUGAAAAACACACAGAAUCCAAACAAUGGAGCCUCUCGCAUUGACAUGCUCGGACUUACGUCGAUGGCACUUGUCCUCACAGUGACAGUGGAACUGACGUGAAACCCCUCAUCCGAGACACGCACACACACACACACACACACACACACACACACACACACACACACACACACACACACACACACACACACACACACACACACACACACACACAUAUAUACUUGCCCUUCUUACACAACAUCCGUACACACAAAUCCUGCAAGCCUUCUCCGGUCACCAACGGGCCCUCCAUGCGUCAGUCGAUGAGGAAACAUUUCCACCACAGGAUGGCGCUCCACUGUUUUUUUUUUUGUAACAAAAUAAUAACCGAGAUAAUGACAAAAAAAAAAAAAAAGAAAGACCGACAUAAUGAACAUGACGACCUCCUAUAUAGCCCCGCCCAGUUACACCUUCUUUUGUUUCUUGUCCCACGUCUGCCUGUUGAUCAAUAAAAUCAGUUGAUUUAAAACGGAUAAGAACAAAGCAUUUUAUUUUGAUGAGUCAAAAUGUGGUUAAAAUGUGACAAGUGGAACUGGCUUAGGCUCCAUAUCAACCACACCCUUCUUUUUCAUGUCCUGGGAUGCACCUGAUUAGCAACAAGCUGAUAAACCCGUGGGGGG